AAGAGAAUUAUGCUCUGAAUAAGGAGCCUGAGCGAGAACAAGACGCAUUGCAUCUUAUGCUGCUGUAAAAAUCUCAGAAAGCAGACACUCUAUUUAACUAUUUGGACAUGGCGAGAAGCGAAGAAGGAAAACGAAGGGAUGAUGGCAGGGACAGUGAUAACGAUAAUGAUGAGCGCAAGUCUAGCAAAAAGAGACGGCAAAAGAAAUCCCCCGUGGAUUCCGAUUCCUCUGCAGACGACAACAGAAAAAGGAAAGAAAGGAGGGAGCGCAAGGAAAAGAAGCACAAACGAAGCAAAAAGGACAAGGUGAAAACAAGGCACCGAGAUGAUCACGACGACACUGAUUCUGAUGAGCAGCAUUCCAGAGUUAAAAAGGGGGGCCACAAACAUAAACACAGACACCAUAGGAGAAAAUCAGAUCACAGUCAUGAUCAGAAGAAAGGUUUGAAGCGGGGCAUAGAGGAGGUAAAGGUAUUGUCAGCGGAGGAUUACUUUUUAAAGAACAUUGAAUUUUCGACAUGGCUUAAAAAGGAACGGGGAAUAUUUUUCUCCAGUCUCUCUUCAGAGAGUUCACACAUGUUAUUUCUUGAAUUUGUAAUUGCUUGGAAUUCUGGAGAGUUACAUAGUGAUUAUUAUGAAGGUAUGAGCACUGCUCCUCGCACUGAUCAUAAUUGGGGUCUGAAAGGAGUAAAAAAAACAUUAACUGAAGAUAGUAUUGACCCCGUUGAAGAAAGGGAAAUAGCUAAAAAAAUUGAGAAGUCAGAGAGAAAGAAAUUUCAGAAAAUGCAAGAAGUUGCCUUGGAUGAAUUGCUUCCAAAGGCUACCGGACGUGAGAGGCUUCUUGAAAAAAAAUCUUUGAAUAGGGAAAAAGCAAGAGCACGAGAAGAUAGCCCAGAACCGAUUAAAGAGAAGGAUCUUUUGGGUGGUGGUGAUGACUUUCACGCGAGACUUGAUAGAGAGCGUGCAAGAAGGCAAAAAAAAGUGAUGGAAAGAUCUGCAGUCUUUCAAGAGAAGCUCCAAGCAUCCAGACAGAAAGAAGCUGCAGCUUUGAGCCAACUGCAAGCAAUUGUUAAUGAUGCAGGUGGAAAGAUCACCAUCCCAAAGAGGACAUGACACUGCUAAGUUUACUUAAGACAUGAAAUUGAAUGGUUCAAGUUCUUAGAUUGCAAUUUGAUAAUAAAAAGUUGGUACAAACUAGUUUUUGCACCUUGAAUGCAAGAAACUGAUGUAUAAGCACUAUUAUUAUGCUCACUAAAGAUUUAAGUAUUAAAAACGUGCAAACUGAAAAUUCAGGAAACUCGAUAAUGUUAAUGAAUGUAGUUUCAUAGCACAAGAAAACUACUUUUGUUUUGCCUAUUUAACAGAUUGAGAAAUUGUGACUUCA